AUGAGGGUCCUCGCUUUUUCAGAGAAACCUAAACCUUCGGGAGAUGUGGAGACUGAUGAUGGAUCCGACCAUACUUCCGAGGUGAUUUCAGAUAAACAUUUACCUUAUGUACACAGUCCUUGGUUGACCAUAUUUGCACCUUCGGUCUAUACAGUUGUGUCCCUCCUGACGCUGCCCUUUAACAUAACAGCCAUCUGGAUAUUCCUGUUCAAUAUCCAUCUGAAGAAACCCUCAGUGGUCUUUAUGUUUAACUUGGCGGUCGCUGAUGUCCUCUUCGUCACUUUUAACAUAGUUUACCGAUUUUCCGGAAACAACUGGGUCAUCGGAGAAGGGAUGUGCCGCUUCGUCACGGCGUCAUUUUACUGCAACAUGUACUGCUCCGUCCUGCUCAUGGCCAGUAUCAGCGUGGACCGCUUCCUGGGUGUAGUUUACCCGUUUCAGUCUCUGACAUGGCGCACAGUGGGCCGAGCCUGGCUGGUCUGUCUCGUCAUCUGGAUGGUUUCCUUCGCCAGCAAUGUGCCGCUUCUCUUAAACAAACUGACCGUUCACUUUUCCCGUUUGAACAUCACGACUUGUUACGACAUGCUGGAGCUGGAAGACGUUCAGGGUUUUUACUUUCAUUAUUUCAUCGCUUUUAUUUCCGCUUUCUUUCUGUUGCCUUUUAUUGUUACAACGUUCUGUUACGUUGUGACCAUCCGAAGCCUGAGCACACUGAAAUCGGCAAACCCAAACAAAAGGUCCCGAUCCAUCUUCCUUUGUGUCACAGUACUUUUUGAAUUCGUCAUGUUUUUUGGCCCCACCAAUGUCAUCUUUUUCAUUUAUUAUCCGAGUUUCCAUAAGUCAUUCGGCAACACUCUGUAUUUUGCCUACAUGAUCUCGGGCUGUCUCGGUAGCAUCAGCUGUUGUCUUGAUCCUAUUAUCUACUAUUACGGCUCUUCCAGGUGUAGGAGACUAGUGUACAGGUUGGUGUGCUGUGACAAAUCUAUGGAUGACCACCUAGAGACAUACGACUCUUCAAGGACCACAGGAAGGAUGACUUCUACCCAAACUCUGUAG